GGUUUGAGGUUUUCUUAUAGAUUCACACUUUGCAUUGCUAAAGCAUUUUAUGGGCGUGAACAUUAUGUGAUAUUGGAUUAUAUACAGAAAAAUAUUUGUAUAAAGGAAGACGAUCUUAGGCAACUGCUUAAAUUAGAUCAGAGAUUUCUUCGUACGAUUUUGCUGCAGCUUAAAGUGGAUAAAAUUUUAAAAGAAAAACUUAUUUGCGAAGAAUCAGAUCCUCGUCCUCGCAGGACCAUUUAUUACUAUAUAAAUUAUCCUGCAAUGAUUAAUGUUGUGAAAUAUAAAGUUGAUCAUAUGAGACAGCGACUGGAAGUAAAAGACAAGGAUUCUGUGCUAAAGGCUACUUAUAAGUGUUUAGGAUGCUCUCAUAAUUAUGAUGCAAUGGAUAUGGAUAAAAUUUUCGAUCCAGUCACUGAAGAAUUGCGAUGUUGGAAAUGUAGAGAAGUUGUUGAGCCAGAUGAAACUUCAGGACCGACUGAUGAAACUCGGUCCUCACUUGCACGUUUCAACGAUCAAAUGACAUCUCUUUUUUUGAUACUGCAAAGUGUGGACGGAAUUCGCCUUGCCCGGCAUUUAUUAGAGCCAUCGAUCAAAUGUGCCGAAAGUAUCCAGCCUAAGAGUAAGAAUUUGAAAUAA